UUAUUUAUUCCUUUAUUUACACUGAUGCAAUUCAUCUCUUAUCAACCGUUUCUCUCUGAUUUUAGUGAAUACAUAUUCCUCCUAUCUCCUCAUCAAUAAACCACGGUUUUUCUCUGCCUGACUACAACCUACCGCAAUCAUGGAGAUUGUGGAUCUAUCCUCGGAUUCACCGUCACCUGUCGACGAAGAUCACCGCACCAACGACACCGACAUAAUCGCUCUUGACGACAGUCAGCUCGACGCGGAUCUAAAACUCGAACAGGAGCACCAGCCACCCGAAUCACUUUCUUCCUCCUCCUCGUCCUAUCUGGCGUCGCUGGACCGCGCUGCGAUGGAGCGCGAGAGACUGCUGAGGAUCUCACGGGCGAACGGCGGCGGGCGCCCCAAACGACGACGCGAGGACAGCGACGACGAGGUGGAGAUGGGGAACGGCAAUGACGGCGACCAAGACACUGUAUCUCACGAGAGUGAUAGCUUGGGGCGGGGAUCGACGACUGAGAUGAAGAGACAGAGAGAAGAUACGGCGGAUCAGAUACCGUUUCCGCGUGGAGUCGUGAAGCGCACGGCUGUCACUGGGUACCCUCGAACAGGGGACGAGAUCAGUAUCGAGGAAGUUCUGCAACCUCGACAUCUUCGCAGCGCGGUACUCUCCGCUUUCCAAUGGGACUUUGACUGGAUCCUCAACAAGAUCUUCAUCGGCCGAACAAGUCUCGUCCUAGUCGUCCCCGCCAAAGGCUCCGAAGUCAGAGAUUCUCUGCGCAAAAGCCUGGGCCAAGUCCCCAACGCGCGUCUGUGUAUGCCCAACAUGGACGGCAUGAUCAACUGCAUGCAUUCGAAGCUGCAGAUCCUCUUUUACGACAAGUACGUCCGCAUCGCGGUUCCCUCUGCGAAUCUCACGGAUUAUGACUGGGGUGAGGGGAUGGGUGUUAUCGAGAACUAUGUGUAUAUCCAUGACUUUCCGCUGCGGUCUUCGGCAGGAGGUGGUAGUCGACUACCGAGCUUCGCGGCUGAUUUGAUCUACUUCUUGGAAGCCCAGGGUAUGCACCAAGAUAUCAUUGACCGACUCGAGACCGAGGUAUCCUGGGAAGGAACGGAGAACGUUGAGUUUGUCCACUCAAUCGGAGGCGAGCACAGAGGAGAGAAAGAUAUAUGGAGGACGGGGUUCACGGGGCUUACUAGAGCUAUUCAGAAAUUCGGAGGCAAGGGAUCCGAAGUACAGAUUGACUAUGUGAUCUCUUCUCUGGGCAGUUUAACCCCGGUCUUUGUUGAGAACAUAUAUAACGCCGCCAGUGGUAAAUACUACUCCAUCGUCACACCACCAAAGUCAGUACGCUCAGUUCUGAAAACAGCUAAGGAACGUCUCCGCGUUUACUUCCCAACCCACGACACCGUCGCCGCUUCCCGCGGGGGCACAGACAGCGCCGGGACGAUCUGCUUUUCGGCAAACUAUUAUGAAAAGCCGGUGUUCCCCAGAGAGAUUCUUAGAGAUGGCCGCUGUACACGGCGUGGGUGCCUUAUGCACGAAAAGGUCAUGCUCAUAAGGUUCGAUGAGCCUGUGCGGGCGCGCGAUGGCGUCGAAGUCUGUGGUGCCGCGUAUGUCGGCAGCGCAAACAUGUCUGAAUCAGCUUGGUAAGGCGCGGUCAAGUCAGGAGAAGCGAGCAAUUAUUCUGACGUUUUGUUUAGGGGUAAGCUUGUCAAUGAUACCUCGACGAAGAGGACAAAGUUGAACUUGAGGAAUUGGGAGUGCGGAG